GGACUCCAUCCCGGAAGUGACAUCAGAGGAAGGGCCGGUGAAGCCGGCUGCGGACCCACGUGGGUUCUGUGCGCUCUUCUUCGUGGCUGGAAUCGCAUCUGCUGAGCGAGUUCGAGCUUGGGCGCUUUGAGUCCACAUGGGUCGUUCCGGGAAGUUGCCCUCCGGGGUCUCGGCUAAGCUGAAGCGGUGGAAGAAAGGCCACAGCAGCGACAGCAACCCCGCCACCUGCCGCCACCGCCAGGCCGCCCGCAGCCGCUUCUUCAGCCGCCCGUCAGGAAAGAGCGACCUGACAGUCGAUGCUGUGAAGUUGCAUAAUGAGCUGCAGUCUGGGUCCCUGAGCCUGGGCAAAAGCCAAGCCCCUGAGACGGCCAUGGACGAAGACCCGGAGGCAGCUCUCACUGAGAAGUCCUCAGGCACAUUCCUUAGUGGCCUGUCUGAUUGCACAAACGUCACCUUCAGCAAAGUACAGCGUUUCUGGGAGUCCAACUCAGCUGCCCACAAGGAGAUCUGUGCUGUUCUGGCUGCUGUCACUGAGGUGAUUCGCUCCCAGGGAGGCAAGGAGACGGAGACUGAGUACUUUGCUGCUCUAAUGACAACAGUGGAAGCAGUGGAGUCCCCAGAGUCUCUGGCUGCUGUUGCUUACCUACUGAACCUUGUCCUGAAGCGCGUGCCUAGCCCUGUGCUCAUUAAGAAGUUCUCUGACACCUCCAAAGCCUUCAUGGACAUCAUGUCUGCCCAGGCGAGCAGUGGCUCAACUUCUGCCCUCCGAUGGGUCCUUUCUUGCCUGGCCAUCCUUCUUCGGAAGCAAGACCUGGAGUCAUGGGGCUACCCUGUAACUCUUCAAGUGUACCACGGGCUGCUGAGCUUCACCGUGCAUGUCAAGCCCAAGAUUCGGAAGGCUGCUCAGCAUGGAGUAUGCUCGGUUCUCAAGGGCAGUGAUUUCAUGUUUGGUGAAAAGGCCCCUGCCCAUCAUCCUGCUGCUGUCUCUACUGCCAAAUUCUGCAUCCAAGAGAUUGAGAAGUCUGGAGGCGCCAGUGAGGCCACCACCACACUGCACAUGCUGACACUGCUGAAGGACAUGCUGCCCUGCUUCCCAGAAGGCCUGGUGAAGAGCUGCAGUGAGACUCUGCUUCGGGUCAUGACCUUGAGCCAUGUGCUUAUGACAGCCUGUGCCAUGCAGGUCUUCCAUAGCCUCUUCCAUGCCAAGCCCAGCCCCAGCACCCUGUCAGCAGAGCUCAACGCACAGAUCAUCACGGCCUUGUAUGACUACAUUCCCAGUGAGAAUGACUUGCAACCCCUGCUGGCCUGGCUUAAAGUCAUGGAGAAAGCCCACAUCAACCUGGUCAGAUUGCAGUGGGACCUGGGGCUCGGCCAUCUUGCUCGAUUUUUUGGAAUUGCAAUGACUUGUCUCCUCUCCCCUCAUUUGCAAGUGGUAACAGCUGCUACCCAGAGUCUCAAGGAGAUCCUGAAGGAGUGUGUAGCUCCACACAUUGCCGACAUUGGCUCUGUGACCUCCUCGGCCUCAGGUCCUCCGCAGUAUAUCGCCAAGAUGUUCAGGGCAGUGGAGGAGGGCCUGACGUACAAAUUCCAUGCGGCCUGGAGCUCUGUGCUGCAGCUGCUGUGUAUCUUCUUUGAGGUGUGUGGAAAGCAAGCCCAUCCUGUGAUGAAGAAGUGCCUCCAGUCCCUGUGUGACCUGCGUCUUUCCCCUCACUUCCCCCAUACAGCAGCCCUUGACCGGGCUGUGGGAGCCGCAGUGACCAGCAUGGGACCAGAGGUGGUGCUACAGGCUGUGCCUUUGGAAAUUGAUGGCUCUGAAGAGACUCUGGAUUUCCCACGGAGCUGGCUGCUGCCUGUCAUCCGGGACCACGUCCAGGAAACGAGACUUGGUUUCUUCACUACUUACUUCUUGCCCCUGGCCACUAUUCUCAAGAGCAGAGCAAUGGCACUGGGCCAGUCAGGCAGCACCGUGGAGUCCAAGAUCUAUGAUACACUCCAAUGGCAGAUCUGGACCCUUUUGCCCGGGUUCUGCACAAAGCCCACGGAUGUGGCUGCCUCCUUCAAAGGUUUGGCACGGACACUGGGCACAGCCAUCAAUGAGCGUCCAGACCUGAGGGUCACUGUGUGCCAGGCCCUACGUACCCUUAUCACCAAGGGCUGUGAGGCAGAGGCUGACCGUGCUGAAGUGAGCCGCUUUGCCAAGAACUUCCUGCCUAUCCUCUUCAACCUGUAUGGACAGCCUAUUGCAACUGGGGACGCUGCAGCCCCUCGCCGGGCUGUGCUAGAAACCAUCAAAACUUACCUCACUGUAACUGAGUCUCAGUUGGUGAAUAGUUUCCUGGAAAAAGCCACUGAGAAGGUGCUUGACCCUGCCAGCUCUGACUUCACCAGAUUGUCUGUCCUGGACCUGGUUGUGGCCUUGGCUCCUCACUCGGACGAAGCUGCCAUCAGUAAGCUGUACUCUACCAUCCGGCCAUACCUUGAGAGCAAGGCCCACGGCAUACAGAAAAAGGCCUACCGAGUGCUAGAGGAGGUGUGUGCCAGCUCCCAGGGCCCUGCAGACUGCUUUGUGCAAAGCCACCUGGAUGACCUGAAAAAGACUCUGCUGGACUCACUGCGGAGCACAUCCUCGCCUGCCAAGAGGCCCCGUUUGAAGUGCCUCAUACAUAUUGUGAAGAAACUGUCAGCUGAGCAUGAGGAGUUCAUUGCUGCUCUCAUCCCAGAGGUAAUCCUGUGCACCAAGGAGGUAUCAGUGGGUGCACGGAAGAACGCUUUCACCCUGCUGGUGGAGAUGGGCCGUGCUUUCUUGCGAUUUGGCUCCAACCAGGAAGAGGCUCUGCAGCGCUAUCUUGUCCUGAUUUAUCCUGGCCUCGUGGGUGCGGUUACCACAGUCAGCUGCAGCAUCCUGUCUCUGACACAUCUCCUGUUUGAGUUUAAAGGGCUGAUGGGAACCAGCACAGUGGAGCAGCUUCUAGAGAACGUGUGCCUGCUGCUGGCCUCCCGUACCAGGGAUGUGGUCAAGUCUGCACUGGGCUUCAUCAAAGUGGCCGUGGUGGUGAUGGACGUGGUACACCUUGCCAAGCAUGUACAGCUCGUGAUGGAAGCCAUAGGGAAAUUGUCAGAUGACAUGCGACGGCACUUCCGCAUGAAGCUUCGAAACCUAUUCAUCAAGUUCAUCCGCAAGUUUGGAUUUGAGCUGGUGAAGGGACUACUACCUGCAGAAUACCACAAAGUCCUGGUCAACAUUCGCAAAGCUGAGACCCGGGCCAAGAAGCACCGUGCCCUGAGCCAGGCUGCUGUGGAGGAGGAAGAGGAGGAGGAGGAAGAAGAACCUGCCCAGGGCAAAGACAAUAGCAUUGAAGAGAUUUUGGCUGACUCUGAGGAUGAGGAGGAUGAGGAAGUGGAAAAAGGCCGGGGCAAGGAGCAGCGAAAGCUGGCACGACAGAGGAGCCAGGCAUGGCUGAAAGAGGGUGGUGGAGAUGAGCCCCUCAACUUCCUGGAUCCCAAAGUGGCCCAGCGAGUCCUUGCCACCCAGCCUGGGCCUGGGCGGGGCAAGAAGGACCAUGGCUUCAAGGUUAGCGCCGAUGGCCGCCUGAUCAUACGCGAGGAAGAAGAUGGAGACAAGGUGGAGGAAGAAGAUGGCACUAAAGGAGAGGAUGAAGAGAUGGCUGACUUGAUGGAAGAUGUUGGUGUCAGGAGUAAAAAGAAGCUGAAGCGGCAGAGGGAGGCUGAGGAGGAUGAGCUGGAAACCCCUCCUCAGUACCAAGCUGGAGGCUCUGGUAUCCAUCGUCCUGUGGCCAAAAAGGCCGUGCCUGGGACCGAAUACAAGGCUAAGAAGGCAAAGGGUGAUAUGAAGAAAAAGGGUCGUCUUGAUCCCUAUGCUUACAUCCCGCUCAACAGAACCAAGCUCAACCGCAGGAAAAAGGUGAAGCUACAGGGACAGUUCAAAGGUCUGGUGAAAGCUGCCCAUCGGGGAUCCCAGGUGGGACAUAAACUCCGCAAGAAGGACCAUCGACUCUGAAUCCCUGGGGCCCCAGGUUGGGCUUGGCUCCAACCCAGUACCAAUGCUGCUUAACAUCAAUUCUGGGCGUGUGAGCCUGGAAGAACCUGGAUUCAGAAUGCCUUAUUGGAACUGUGGCUUAGUUCCCAGACAGAAGGAUUUCCUAGGAUUUUGAAGUUCCAAAUGAGAACUGUCCUUUAGAAACUGCUAGCAUCCAUGAUGGAACCAUGUAACCUUGCCACCUUCUCAGAGACCUUGAGGUACUCUGCUUUCUGCCCAAAGUCAUGAACAUCAGAGCAUUGACCUGCAGGUGUGAGAUCUGCUGUAACCAGAUGUAGAAUAAAUGCAUCAUCCCUGGAAACA